AUGUCAUCUUCUUUUACUCACUUAUUUCAAAACCUUCCUUUGGAAAUUAUUGAUAUAAUCAUAGAUUUAUACAUUCAUUCCGAUCAAUCCCAACCUAGCUAUCCUCGAAACGGUCUUGCUGCCCCAGGAACUCGACUCAGUAGGCUAGCCUGCUUAAGCCAUGAGAUGUUCGAACGUUGCAAUCGUCACACAUGGAAAAACGUGUUGAUAAAUUUAGGAUCACCUCCAAGUCAAGGUUCAAUACGUUCUUUGGAAAGACUUCUCAAAGUUGGACCUGAGAUUACUUAUCAUAUUCGUAAUAUCAAGGUAGAAAUCUUUCUUUCGAUUGGUGAUGUAUCAUCUGGAGCUUUACUACCUUUUUUGAGAAUGACAAGGGAUGCUUUGACUCAAUUAGUUGGACCGAGGAUCAAGCGUUUUGAUCUUGAGAUUUCGUUCGUAGAUCAACAGAAUCCAGAUGGCUCACUCCGAAUGACAUGGGUAACAUUUCAAGAGCUAACUCGGGAGAUACUCUCUUAUGUUUCACAUUGCAGGAACCUCGAGGUUUUAAAAAUCAUUGGUGAACCUACUUGGUUUGACCAUGGAACAUUGGCCCAAGUAAUCAAUCGUAUGCCUCAUUUAACCCAAUUCGAGUAUAUUUCUAGACCGGCUGAGGUCGUGCCUGACUUCCAAUCUGGUUCUGCAUACCAGACACUCAGUCUCGCACUCUCAUCGCUACGAAAGCUGGAGCGUUUGUCACUCUUAGAACUAUUUCUUCCUCAUGGCUCAUGGUGCUCGAUCAAGUGGAACAAUUCACUCAUGUCUCUCAGUGUUGGCAAUCAUGCUGGUGAUUGCGAAAGAUCAAUGUUGGAGUUUGUGAGCCAAUGGCAACACUCGCCACAAAAUCUUGGAACUGAUCAACUAAAUAUGUUUCAAGAUCAACUCCCCAAGAAUUUUCGACUUCAUUUACAUUCUCUCAAUCACUGA